AUGAAGACUGAAGUUUCCCACUCUGAUUCUUCUCCCUUCCCAUCCAGGAGAGGCAGUGAAGAAUAGAAGGGCAGCAUGGAGAAGGAGUUUGGCAGCCCUUGUACUCAUCGCCAGGCUGAAAAAUGUGAGGGAGAAGAAGGCAGAACAGAGAUGACUGUACUCUUCUCCCUUGGGAAGACCAGUUUAUCAAGGGCUGCUCAAGUCUUUGAGUCUUUUGAAGCUAAAAUCCACCAUCUAGAAACCAGGCCUGCCCCCAAAGCCAAAAACACUUUGCAGCAUCUGGAAGUUUUUAUGAAAUGUGAAAUCCAUAAAUCAGACAUCAGUCUACUCAUCAGUUCCUUGAGGAAAGUGGCUGAGGAUGUGAAAAUUCUCUGGGAAGAAAAAGUCCCCUGGUUCCCAAAGAAGAUUCGAGAUCUUGACAAAUGCCAUCACUUGAUAACAAAGUUUGAACCCAACUUCAACCAAGAUCACCCAGGCUACACUGACGUGCAAUAUAGGAGACGACGUGCUGACAUCAUGGAACUGGCUUUCAAGUACAGAGAUGGAGACCCAUUGCCAAAAGUUGAGUACACACCCCAAGAAGUUUCUACCUGGAAAGAAAUCUACAGGAAACUCCGUACUCUCUAUCCCACUUAUGCCUGCAAAGAAUACUUGGAUGCUUUCCAGCACCUAGAAGAAUAUUGUGGCUAUGCUGAAGACCACAUACCUCAACUCCAGGAUGUAUCCAGAUUUUUAAAAGAGACAACUGGUUUUCAACUGAGGCCUGCUGCAGGACUCCUUUCUGCUCGUGACUUCCUUGCCAGCUUGGCCUUCCGUGUAUUCCAGAGUACCCAGUACAUCAGACAUUACUCUUCUCCCAUGCAUUCUCCAGAACCAGAUUGCUGCCAUGAAUUGUUGGGUCACAUCCCAAUGUUAGCAGACAAAGAAUUUGCUCAGUUCUCACAGGAUAUUGGACUUGCUUCACUUGGAUCAUGUGAUGCUGACAUUGAAAAACUGGCCACACUCUAUUGGUUUACUGUGGAGUUUGGUCUCUGUAAGCAGAAUGGGACCAUCAAAGCUUAUGGAGCUGGCCUUCUUUCAUCUUAUGGGGAGCUGACACAUGCUUUAUCGAGUAAGCCAGAACACAAGCCAUUUGAUCCUGAAGUUGCCGCUGUCCAGCCCUAUCAAGACCAGACAUUCCAGCCCAUUUAUUUUGUGUCCGAAAGUCUGCAAGACAGCAAAGACAAACUUCGAAAAUACGCUCAGAAGAUCCAGAAACCCUUCUCUAUCCACUAUGAUCCUUUCACUUGCCGUGUAGAUGUUCUAAAUUCAGUCCAGGAAAUCAAGAUGGCGUUCCACCAAGUGAAAGAAGACUUGGAACAUCUUUGUCAUGCCCUGGAGAAAGUAUCUUAAGCUUCCACUGAAUCCCCUAUUCAGUCUAGCUCAGUACUAUUUAUUUAUAGGUGGUUCCCUCU